AAGUCUUGAAGAUUUCAGCCAAUCAGUUAUCAGUAUUGGAUAAGUGAUGAAGCUGUUUACAAAUGGCUAACAACAGGAUCUAGCGAUCAAAAUAUUUGGAGAAAGCGAAAUGACUGAGAAAAUGCAGGCGAAUUCCGGCACACAGGCUGCUGCUUUUGACAUGCUGAUGUCUUCCAUUGGCAGCCUUCUUACACCUGUUGUGCAACAGUUGAUAAAUAGUGAUCCUGGCUUGGUACAUCUAAAGGGAUGGCACGGUAUGACUGCACUCCACAGAGCCUGUCUGAUUGGAGACUACAACAUUAUCCUUAUGUUGAUUCAAGCAAAUUCAGAUGUGAAUGCUCUGACAGAUUUCAAUGAGACGCCUCUCCACUAUGCUAGUAAAAGAGGCAUACCUACUAUUGUCCAUUUACUUCUCCAGUGUGGAGCAAAAUAUGAAAUGAAAGAUGACCAUGGGAGGAGAGCACUACAUCAUGCUGCUGAAAGUGGAGCUGUACAAGUGUUUCGCUAUUUUGAGGAUGCUUUUCAAGUGAAUACCAGAGAACUGGACAACAACUCUAUGAGCCCUUUACACAUUGCCUGCUCUCAUGGACACGUGGAAUUGUUCCUUUAUUUGAUGAUGAAAGGCAGAAGUGAUCUUCGACAAGAGGACUCUGAAGGAAAUCUGGCCAUUCACAUCGCAGCGAAGGCAGGAUUUGGAAACAUGACUUGGCAAAUGUUGAAAAUUUUGGGAGUUUCAGUCCUCAAGAAGAGAAAUAAAGCUGGUUACACAAUGUUGGACUUGGUUCAACAAAAUGACAGGCAUGGUAACAGAGAGCUGGCCCCAGUGUUAAAACAUUAUGCAGACAAACCUGAGCACACCAAAGUGGAUGGUCCUGUUUACACAUGGUACUUUCUGCUGUUGUACCCGGCGGUCCUCUAUACAGUGCUCAUUACGAUCAUACAACAACUCUCGUCAUACCAGUAUGUUGUGCUCUUGGUGGGAAUGCUUCAAGUGUGGAUACAGAUGAAAGGACUCAGUCACAGAAUUCCAGAUAUUUCUCGGUGGCCGAAUCCAUUUUUUACUGGUUUCUUCUAUGGUGGGAUACUUCACACAACGAUAUGUUACUUCUGGCUACUUUUCCCAAAGGGCUACACCAAUUUGUUAGUGCUAUUGUUAUCUGUGACCUUAUGCCCUAUGCUUCAUGUGGUCUUCUUUAGACUUUUAUUAACGGAUCCAGCAUCUGUUGCGUCCACUGCUUUCAACCCAAGGACUGGAAAGCCAUUGACUAUCAUUGAUUUAUGCAUGACCAGAAAUCCACAAUACAGAUUUUGUACUUACUGUGAUAUAAUAACAUCUUUGAAUGUCAAACACUGUAAGCUGUGUGACAAGUGUUACUACAGAAUGGACCACCACUGUCUGUACCUACUGAAGUGCGUCGCUGGGGACAACCACCCUCGCUUUGUUUGGCUCAUCAUCCUGGGCUUCUGCAACAUGGUCUGCUACUGUAUCGGCUUCUGCAUCUACGUCUACAUGCUGUACUGGGGCCAGAGCAUGGCGGAUACCUUCACCUCACUGAUCCACCAUGAGGCAUGGCCGAUGUCUUUGUUCUUCCUCAACACUUGCUCUGCCGCUUGGUGUGCCAGUUUGAUUCACUACCAGUUUGAUGUCGUCACCCGAGAAUGCACUUCUUACUUCUCUGAGACUAAUGAUACAUACUUUAAGAUGACGAGAAUGCAGAAGGUGGAAAAUUUUGUUCACUUUCUGCUAAGCAAACCUCUUCCCCAUAAAAAUCCAUCAUCUCCCUUUGGGAACCAAAAGGCUGUUGGUGAAAUAGUUUGAGGUAGUAUCUUUGUAUAGAAAUAUGUAAAGAAACAUGAUUAAUCUUAAAGCUGUAGGUAGUCUUUAAUUCCAAGAAAGAGGCAAUAUGUGGACACAUAGGCUACUUUGUCACAUAUAUGAGAUGAGGUGAAUGUAACAAUGAGUGAAGGGGACUAUGACUGUCAUUGUGGUUUUGAUACUGAAAGAAUGCAGAAAAGAAAAUGAAGAUGGAUAAUAUGAAGGGAAUUGUCACAGGGUACAGGUGCCCUUGUGGUUCUUUGAGGAAACUGAGUUUGAUGAGUGGUUUGUUGUGUUAUUUACUAACAUGUUUUAUAAAGAGUAUGAAUUAACACUAAUGUAUACUGGAAAAGAGAUGUACAAAUGAAGUGAUUGGCAUCUUAGAUCCUUUUGUUUUGUGGAUAUUGUCUUUUGAUACUGAUAACUCUUUUAUCAAAUUUGUCUGGCUAAGGGAUAAGGAUUAUCUUAUAUAUUUAAAAAAUCACUUUCAACAAUCAACGUGUCCUUAAACUCUAUGCACACAGAAUAAUCUGUUUUGUAUGUGUAUGGCCACACAAGGCUGUGGUGAGCUUAGUAAUAUGAAAGAGAUUAAAGAUGUGAUAAAUAUUCGACUUUCAUACAGUAAGAUAUCACAUUGAUAAUACAGUGCAGCCUCUCUAUAACGACAUUCUUGGGACCAGAAAAAAAUGUCGGGCAACCAAAAAUUACUAAUGAUAUAUAUAAAAGGAAAAAAAUUGGGGACUGGGCACCAUGUUGCUUUACAAAGGAUGUCGCUAUAUUGAAGGUCGUUAUAGAGAGGCUCCACUGCACUUGGAUAGUGCUGACUUUGUUGGAGCACAUUUGUUAAUCUAUCACGGCAGUGGCAGAGUAGCGUGUAGACGUGCAGGGUGUUGUACAUGAGCAUCAUGUAAAACCUAUUUUUGCAGGACAAGGAACUUGGCUCAUGAAGUAAAAAAAUUGAAGGUACAUACGUUGGCAGUUAAAUGAGGAAGUGAGUAAACACUCCCAGGCCGUACCACAGGUGGUGGAUUUUGUUUUAGAAAUAAAGGGUUUUGUCCUUAGCUCACUUUUGUGGACAUGUGUCAUUGCAAAACUAAUGAAAACAGUAGAGAAAUGAACUGUCUACACAACUCUUUUCUUUAGUUUCCUACUGACAGACAAAUGUUGCAAACAUCAAAACCAAUACUCAUUUUAUUUAUGAGAACUGAGAGAGAUUUUCCAAAUGUAUUGCUGUUUUAAGACAAUAUUAAUUAUUAUUGCUGUAAACAUUUAAAUGCAUAAUUCAUGAGUUGUUUGUAGACAACAGGCUCUUGAAAUCCUUAUGUUGACUGCGUUUAUUCUUUUGCUGUGACAUUACAAUAGUAUUAAAGAGUUAACUGGUCAUUUCCACUUUUUUAACAUUUUAUUUCAGAUGACAAUGACACUGUCAUUCAUAGCUUUGCUUGAAAAUAUAAACGAUUGAAUGGAAGAUUAAAUAAGAAGUUGAGUGCAUUGGAAGGAUGGUAAAAUGAGGUGAUGAUAAAUAGAUAUUGCUUCAGUCAUUUUUGGUUUACUCCUAAAUAUGUAAUUGUAACAUUAUUGUACAUAGCAGCUCUUCUAUGAAACCUGAAAUAUAAAAUGAAUCUACACUGGAACAGUGUACUCUUCAAGGAAAGUAGGCUACCAUUUCUGUCCUGUGUACGGUUCUCAUGUUGAUAGACAGUCUUUUUUCUAGUGUAGGUCAUAUGUAGUCACAGAUUUCUCUUGGGGAUUAGGUUUUCUGUCUUAACCUUCUGUUCCUGCUUCCUUUUUGCUCUUUGCGAUUUCACAA